AUGACAACCCCCAAAAAAAUGGCAUCACCAUCACCAACAGACUGGCGCUCCAAAGCCCAACAAAAACGCAACGCCAUCCUCGCAGCGAUCCCAGAGGAAUGGCACAUCCCAAAGUCAACCCUAGACACCGCCCCAGCAGACCUGACAAGCCCAGGCUUCAUCCAGCAGUUCCUAAGCCCAGGAGAGAUCGAGAUCACCGAGGCGCCCGUCAGCGGGAUCCUGGCCCGCACGACAACAGGGACAUGGUCCGCGGCAGCCGUGACGUCGGCCUUUGCCCACCGCGCGGCCGUGGCCCACCAGCUGACGGGGUGCGUGUCCGAGUUCCUCCUCGCGCCCGCGCUCGCCGCGGCGUCGGCGCUCGACGCCCACUUUGCACGGCACAGGGCGCCCCUGGGGCCCCUGCACGGCCUCCCCGUCAGCCUCAAGGACUCGGUGGACCUGGAGGGCGUGGGAACAUCGCUGGGGUUCACGGCGUGGUCCGGGGAUGGACCUGCGAGCCGCGACGCCGUCAUCGCGGCGGCGCUGAGGCGGCAGGGCGCCGUGUUCCACGUCAAGACGGCGGUGCCGCAGGCGUCGUUCGCGGCCGAGACGUUUGGCGCCGUCAGCGGGUACGUGGCCAGCCCGCUGCGGCGGGGCUGCUUCUCGGCGGGCGGGUCGUCUGGCGGCGAGGCGGCGCUGCUUGCGCUGAGGGGGAGCGUGCUUGGGCUGGGGACUGAUAUUGGCGGCUCGAUCCGCUGGCCAGCCUCAGGCAUAGGCGCCUACGGCCUCCGCCCGAGCACAGGCCGGCUCCCCUACGCGGGGAUCGCAAGCGUGGUGGGCGGCCUCGAGGCCCUCACGGACGUGCGCUUCGCCGCGGGGCCCAUGGCAGCAGCAGGAGGCGACAACGCGACCGCCCUGCGCGCCCUCGUGGCCGCCGUCCUCGCCGACGAGCCCUGGCUGCGCGACCCGCUCGUGGCCGAGAUGCCGUGGCGCCAGGACGCGUAUUACGAGGCCGCCAGACAAGAGAAGAAGCUCGUCGUCGGGGUCGCUCCCACAGACGGCGUCGUCACCCCCCACCCGCCCGUCCUCCGCGCCGUCGAGACGGUCGCCGCCGCCCUGCGGGCCCAGGGGCACGCCGUCGUCCCCAUCCCCCCGGACGCGGGGGCCACACAAGACGCAAUCGACCUCUGGAGCAGCGCGGCAUACGCGGACCUGUCCCACGCGCACGCGCAGUUCCGCGCCUCGGGGGAGCCCGCGGACCGCCUGAUGCCGCCUGCGUUCGACCCGGACAAGAAGGCGGCCUCGAGCCCGCCGCUGGGGGCGGACGGGGUGCAGCGCGUCAACGUGCGCAUCCGCAGGUACAGGGAGGAGUGUCUGCGGCGGUGGAUGGGGACUGCGGAGCUCGAGGGGAAUGAUACCGGCCGGGCGGUGGAUGUUGUCAUCACCCCUGUUGCGCCGUAUAGUGCUGCGCGGAUCGGGGGGAUUCGGUAUAUUGGCUAUCCCCUCCCCGUGGUCCUAAACGACCAGACCGCCGCCGUGCUGCCCGUCCUGACGACAGACAAGGCCAUCGACGUCGUGCGCCCGCUCGAGAUCCCAGAGGGCAUCAGGGACGAGUACGUCAGGGCCAACAAGAAGGUCCACCAGGACUACGACCCAGAGCUCUACCACGGCAUGCCCGUCAACGUCCAGGUGGUCGGGCGGCGGUUCCAGGAGGAGAAGGUGCUAGCCAUCACCGAGUACAUCGACCGACUGCUCAGAGGGGGCGGGGUGAAGGAGCAAGACACCGCGCCUAAGCUGUGAACCGUGGGCCCGUCAUGAAACCAUAACCACACACACAAUCUCUCUCUCUCUCUGUCUCUCUCUUUCUCUCAAAUCCACAAAUCAUUUGUGUACCAAAUGAAAUAACCAGUCAUCCGUGAUGGAGAUGCAAAAGCAACAUAAGAGGCAGUCCAAGUACUUUAU